UUUCAAUAAACUCUCAUAUGAAAUCAAAAACAAGCAAUCCACCCACAAAUGUCUCAUUUAAAGGAUUUUCAUUAAAUGUAUUCCUCAGUUAUGAAUAUCUUUAUUAAACAACAGCCAUCUAGGGCUUUAAAUACAAAUAUUACGAAAUGGAAAGGUGUGAAUUGAUUACCACAAAUUAUAGGUCUUUCAACGAGACAGUAAUUGAUGGGCGUUUCGUAGACAACUAUUAUUAUUUCCAAAAGGUGUCAAAAAGUAUAAAAGGAAGAAUGCCCAACAAAUGACAAAAUUUUUCUAUAAAAUGGAGACUAAACCGCCAGUUAUUAGAAGUGGAAACAUUUAUAGAGUCUACUGGUUCUACUGGCGCUUGUUGGGACUAGAAACCGAUUUUCCGCUGCGGCAUGUCCUGGAUAUUUUAAUAACAUUCUUCGUCACCAUCUGGUAUCCCAUUCAUCUGAUUGUGGGCGUUUUUUCCGAACGGACUCUGGGCGAUAUCUGCAAGGGACUUCCCAUCACGGCAGCCUGUUUUUUCUGCAGUUUCAAAUUUAUUUGCUUUCGUCUCAAGCUAAAAGAAAUUAAAGCGAUCGAAAUAUUGCUAAAGGAACUUGAUCAGCGGGCCGUGAGUGAUGAUGAGCGUGAGUACUUCAACAAGAACACGCAAAAGGAGGCAAAUUUUAUUUGGGCAAGCUUCCUCGUGGCCUAUAAUUUGUCAAACAUAUCAGCCAUAGCCUCGGUUCUUUUCGGCGGUGGCCAUCAGCUGCUGUAUCCUGGCUGGUUUCCCUACGAUGUCCAGGCCACAGAGCUCAGGUUCUGGCUAAGUGUGGCUUACCAAAUCGCCGGUGUUAGUCUGGCCAUUAUCCAAAAUUUGGUCAACGAUUCUUAUCCGCCGAUGACGUUCUGUGUGGUGGCAGGACAUGUGCGGUUGUUGGCCAUGAGAUUGAGGCGGAUUGGACACGACGAAAAGCCAACCAAAGUGGCAGUUGCAAGGAAACUAUUUGAAAGCAUCGAGGAUCAUAGAAAAUUAAUGAAAAUUAUCGACUUACUGCGCAGCACCAUGAACAUAUCGCAACUGGGCCAGUUUAUGGCCAGCGGCAUCAACAUAUCCAUAACCCUUGUUUAUAUAUUGUUCUUUGCGGAAAAUCUCUUCUCCGUAACCUACUACGCCGUGUAUUUCAUAUCUAUGGCGCUGGAGCUAUUUCCGUGCUGCUAUUACGGAACUUUGAUAUCCGUGGAGAUGAACAGCCUUACGUACGCCAUAUAUUCCAGUAAUUGGCUCGGGAUGGAUAGUAAAUACUGCCGCACUCUGUUGAUGUUCAUGCAGCUUACCUUGACGCAAGUUCAGAUCAAGGCAGGUGGUGUGAUUGCUAUUGGUAUGAAUGCAUUCUUUGCCACCGUCCGGCUGGCCUACUCCUUCUUCACGUUGGCCAUGUCGCUGCGCUAAUGAGUGGGCCAGAAGCUGGCGGGCAUUUGGCGCCUGAAUUUGCAUAUUCGCUUAAUUUUCAUUACCACUAAUGGGAGGCCAUUAACGGAGGCUUUAUGAAAAUUGCAUUGGCGCCGUUUAAAUGUCAUUUCGCUGGGGACUACACUUGUCUAAAAAUAUUAUAAAUAAUAUACAA